CAGAGGGGCUUCCCUACCUCUUCCCCUUUCCCGCAAAGGACUGGGGUCCUCAGGCAAAGGAACUGCAGGGUAUCUCUCAUGCUGUACCACUUGGGAUUUGGGGAGGGGUGAUGCAGAUGCCACUUGGAAUGAACAGGGAAAGACUGAACUUUUUACAGAUAACUUUUGUCGAGUAUGUGGAGUGAUGCUACAGUUCGAAUCACAAAGGAUUUCGCAUUAUGAGGUGCAUAGGAGUGGAGUAGUGGACAGAAACAAAUUUUGUGAUCUCUGCAACAUGAUUUUUAGCUCUCCAAUUGUUGCUCAAUCUCAUUAUGUGGGGAAGGUCCAUGCUAAAAAACUGAAGCAACUAACGGAGGAACAUUAUCAUGUAUCUCCAUCAGGAUUUCAACCAGAGAUGGCAGGUGUGCCUGUUCGUACUUACACAGAGUCAACUUUCCUGAAGCCUUUUGCUGCCAAGCCUCCUCCAGCAUUUAAUAUGAGAACCUACAUUUGCCAUAUUUGUAGUAUAACCUUUACAUCUUUAGAUAUGUUCCGGUCCCACAUGCAAGGGAGUGAACAUCAAAUUAAAGAAUCCCUUGUUAUCAAUCUAGUAAAGAAUUCAAAUACACAAGAUUCUUACCAAGUUGAAUGUGCAGAUUAUAUCAAAAUUCAGAAAACGAGAGAACUAGAGUAUAGGACUUGUUUCAGAAAGAUGGAAGAGAAUUAUUUGGAAAGCCUUGGGUACAGAGAAAUGGUUGAUUCCAGAUCCAGACCUAAAAUGUAUGAAGAAAGACUUCCAUUUGAGACUUUCCAGACAUACCCAGGACCAUACAAUAAUUCACAAGCAGUGGAAAACCAGUUACCACGUUGCUUACCAGCUCAUUCAAAGAAGACACAUGACUCUUUCAAAGAUGAACUUGAAGAUUACAUCAAAGUGCAAAAAGCCAGAGGACUAGAUCCAAACACUUGUUUUAGAAAGAUGAGAGAAAACUCUGUGAACCGAGGGUAUAGAGAAAUGGUUGAUUCUGGACCCAGACAAAGAAUGUGUGAGCAAAGAUUUUCUUUUGAGACUUCCCAUACCUACCACCAAUCAUACAGUAGUUCACCGGUGGACGGCCAGUUACCUCAUUGGUUACCAGCUCAUUCAAAGAGAACAUAUGACUCUUUCCAAGAUGAACUUGAUGAUUACAUCAAAGUGCAGAAAGCCAGAGGAUUAGAGCCAAAGACUUGUUUCAGAAAGAUAGUUGAUAGCUCUGUGGAAACUCAUAGACACAGAGAAAUGGUUGAUAGCAGAACAAGAUACAGAAUGUUUGAGCAAAGACUCCCAUUUGAGACUUUCCAGACCUAUACAGGACCAUACAAUAGUUCACAAACAGUAGAAAACCAGUUACCUCAUUGCUUACCAGCUUAUGACAGCAAACAGAGACUAGACUCUGUAAAGUACUGUCAACUUCCCAGAGACUAUUUCUCAGAAAAACCAGUACCUCUGAGCCUUAGUCAGCAAGAAAAUAACUCUGGCCCAUACAGUGCAGAAUGUGAAAUUUAUAAGCACCUUUCCUCAGAAAACAACACCAGUGACGAUCAAGCAGCUCAUAAACGGCGACACCAGAAGAAAAGACGACACCUUGAGGAAGGUGAAGAAAGGCAAGAGAAGGAGCAGUCCAAGCAUAAAAAGAAAAAGAGUUAUGAGGAUAUGGAUUUAGGCAAAGACAAGAGUAUCCAACAAAGUAAACGAGAAGAGGAUAAAGUCAGGGUCAGUUCAGGAAAACUUAAGCAUCGAAAAAAGAAAAAAAGCCGUGAUAUAUCCUCUGAAAAAGAAGAACGUAAGCACAGGAAAGAGAAAAGAAAAUCUGUUGAAGAAAGGACAGAAGAGGAAAUGCUUUGGGAUGAGUCAAUUCUUGGAUUUUAAACUUUUAGUUUACCAAAGGAUGAUUUGAA